AUGCCCACCAAAGAUACAAAGGCCGCGUCGGGGCCUCACUCCACCUACGCUGACCAAGAAAUCACAGGCCAAAGUGCCCUUCCAAUUUCUCGCAUAAAAAAGAUCAUCCAGCUCGACGAGGAUAUCGUACAAUGCUCGAGUAACGCUACGUUUCUCGUCGCAAUGGCGACCGAACUAUUUAUCCAGUAUCUCACAGAGCAAGGACACAAUGUCGUCAAGUCGGAACGAAAGCCGCGUAAAACCAUCCAAUAUAAAGAUCUAGCUACUGCUGUUUCACGAAUCGAUAAUUUGGAGUUCCUUGCGGACGUCAUCCCCAAAACGACAACGUACAAACAGUUUAAAGAAAAGCGCGCGAAGGAGACCGCGAAGGAGGCAGAGGUCGAGAAGGGACAACGCACAUUGAAUGGUGCCGCACCAGCAUCGGCAGGCGACGCAGUGAGUGAGACCGAGAAGAGGAUUAAGGCACAAGCCGGAGAGGAGAAGAAAAUCCUCCCUCACCCGCACCCUCUCUCUUCGUCCAAAACCCCUCUCCCCCGCCGCCUCAACGGUCGUUGUCCUUUGCAAUUGAUCCGCAAUUGCUCUCUCGCCAUGUCUCUCUCCGCCGCUUCCACCUCUCUGCUGCGCGCCUGCGCCCGGCAGCAACUGUCUCCCUCUUCCCGCGCCGUCGUCACCUCCUGCCAACGGAACAGCUCCAGCUUUGACAGCCCCUUUGCCAGCAAGGACUCGACCCUGAAGAUCCCCGAUUUCAGCAAAUACUCCUCCAAGAAGAGCCCCCGCUCCAACCAGGUCUUUUCCUACUUCAUGGCCGGUUCCCUCGGUCUGGCCUCUGCCGUCGGUGCCAAGGCUACUGUUCAGGACUUCCUCGUCAACAUGUCCGCCUCUGCCGACGUUCUCGCCCAGGCCAAGGUUGAGAUCGGUCUCGCUUCUAUUCCUGAGGGAAAGAACGUCAUCAUCAAGUGGCGUGGAAAGCCCGUGUUCAUCCGUCACCGUACCCAGGGUGAAAUCACCGAAGCCCAGGACAUCGACUGGAAGACCCUCCGUGAUCCCCAGUCCGAUGAGGAGCGUGUGCAGAAGCCCGAAUGGCUUGUCAUGCUUGGUGUCUGCACUCACCUUGGUUGUGUCCCCAUUGGUGAAUCGGGUGACUUUGGCGGCUGGUUCUGCCCCUGCCACGGUUCCCAUUACGAUAUCUCCGGCCGUAUCAGAAAGGGCCCUGCCCCUCUGAACCUCGAGGUUCCCCAGUACAACUUCCCCGAUGAGGACACCCUCGUCAUCGGUUAA